UCUCUCUCUCUCUCUCUCUCUCUCUCUCUCUAGCUCUCUGUUUGUCCUCGUUUUGGUAACCCACUUCAGCUCACCAGAAAACAAGCCCCCCAUAUAUAGUAUAUUGUAGGACAUUCUAGGCUUACCCAUCAAACUCUCUCAUAAGCCUCUAUCAUCCUCUCUCUACACUCUGCUGUAAUUUGAGGAGGGAGAGAGAGAGAGAGAGAGAGAGAGAGAGAGAGAGUACAGAGUACCCCCAAAUAUCCAAAAAUGAAGAGGUCAUAUUCUCCUUCUUCUUCGUCUUCAUCCGUUGAGUCUCAUCUCAUUAAUCAUAUUCAUCAAUCAGAAGAAGAACCCAAGAACAAGCGUUCAAGAGCUAAGAGAAAUCUCAACCCAGUCAAUGCUCAGAGUCCCAAUUCUGGUGCCAGAAGAAGCUCCAUUUACAGAGGAGUCACCAGGCAUAGAUGGACAGGGAGGUAUGAAGCUCAUCUAUGGGACAAGAGUACAUGGAAUAGCAUUCAGAACAAGAGAGGACGACAAAUUUAUUUGGGAGCAUAUGACAAUGAGGAAGCAGCUGCUCGUACCUAUGAUCUUGCGGCGCUUAAAUACUGGGGGCCCAAUACAGCUUUGAACUUUCAGAUUGAUACAUAUAUUAAGGAGCUGGAAGAAAUGCAAAAGCUAUCCAAGGAAGAAUAUUUAGCUUCACUAAGGAGGCAGAGCAGUGGAUUUUCAAGAGGAGUUUCAAAGUACCGUGGGGUAGCAAGGCACCAUCACAAUGGGAGGUGGGAGGCACGAAUCGGGCGUGUUUUAGGAAACAAAUAUCUGUACCUUGGGACCUACAGCACUCAAGAGGAAGCAGCAGUAGCAUAUGACAUGGCAGCCAUAGAGCACAGAGGACCAAAUGCAGUGACCAAUUUUGACAUUAGCAGCUAUGCAGGCAAGUUCAAGAAUAUAGCCCUACCACCAGAACAACCCGAUGCCAAGUCCUCCACCGAUCAAACUCAACCUCGUGAUCGCGGAGACCAACAACAAGAACAAGAACAACCACAACAACAACAACAUGAAGAACAAAUGGUCCGACGACCCCCACAACAAAAACUUGAACAACAUGAAGAACAAAUGGUCCGACCCCAACAACAAAAAUUUGAAGAACAAAUGGUCUGUCCACACCUUCCCAACUUUGAGCUCCCUCUACCAUUCGACCCCCCACCUGCAUUAAUGCCGGUGAUGGACCUCACCGACGAGCAUGAGGACCCUUGGAGCAUCUAUCUCAAUACGGUGUACAGUCAGUUCAACAUUCCUGACUUCCCCCUUGAACAAGCUGAAGAAUUACCGGACUUGUUUGACAGCAGGGGUUUCGUGGAUGACAUCGACUCCCUAUUUGAUGGAUUCUCGGAUGAGGAUUACUUGAAUGUGAGUGGCACAAUGAACACUACAGGUUCAGGGAAUGAAGCUGAUGGAUUCUCGGAUGAGAAUGACUUGAAUGUGAGUGGCACAUUGAACACCACAGGUUUCGGGAUUGAGGCUGACGGAUUAUCGGAUGAGAGUUACUUGAAUGUGAGUGGCACAUUUAACACUACAGGUUCCGGGAGUGAAACUGACGGAUUCUCGGAUGAGAAUGACUUGAAUUUGAGUGGCACAUUGAACACCACAGGCUCUGGGAUUGAGGCUGAUAGUUUGGUGGGUGCAGUGCAGGAAGGAUCAACUUCUCCCAUUUCUUCGCCUUCACUGUCAUUGCUGCCUUCUUCACCGUCAACGCCAUCUUCUUCGUCCUCUUCGACAACCACCAUUGAUGACGUCUUUGACAACAACCUUUGAUCGGUUUCUUGUAACUAGUUCGGUGUGGAGAAGGUCUUUGGAUCGUUGGAGUUUGUUUAGGUUUGUUUAGUUUUGGUGUAGGGGACUGUUGUGGGUGGAUAGGAAACAUAAAACAUGUCUUGGAGUUUCUUCCUUUUUCUCUUUUCCUUCCUUGGUCACAAAAAAUAUGGACAAAAGUGAAGCUAGGUAGUGACUUGUGUUUUCUUUUCAUUCUCUUUGUUUUCGAGUCAUAUUUUUCUUCCUUUUCUCCUAAGAA